AUGUCUUCACAGGCCUAUUUUCGGACAGUAGAACUUGUUCAGGAGCCUGUUCCUGGCUCACCAGGUCUGAGUUUCUACUUCAGUAUCAAUGGCCGACCCAUUUUCCUUAAGGGCUCGAACUGGAUUCCAGCAGAUUCUUUCCAGGACAGAGUGACCUAUGACACAUUAUGGCUACUCUUGAAGUCUGCAGCAGAUGCUAACAUGAAUGCACUUCGGGUUUGGGGAGGAGGAGUGUAUGAACAAGAUGAAUUUUAUGAUAUUUGCAAUGAACUAGGAAUAAUGAUUUGGCAGGAUUUUAUGUUUGCAUGUGCACUGUAUCCAACUGACCAGAAUUACUUAGAAUCCGUAAGAGCAGAAGUUUCUCAUCAGGUAAGGCGUUUAAAAUCCCAUCCAUCAAUUAUUCUGUGGAGUGGUAACAAUGAAAAUGAAGCAGCAAUUGCAAGCAACUGGUUCUCCAUACCUUAUGCUGACAGAGAAGUCUAUGUCAAAGACUAUGUGAUGCUUUAUGUGAAGAACAUCCGAGAAAUAGUUCUUACUGAAGAUAAGAGUCGUCCUUUUAUUGCAUCCAGUCCCACCAAUGGCUUGGAGUCAGUUAAAGAAGGUUGGCUCUCCCAGAACCCUUAUGAUACCCAUUAUGGUGACACUCACUUUUAUGACUACAGCAAUGACUGUUGGAACUGGACAGUGUAUCCUAAAACUCGUUUUGCUUCAGAGUAUGGAUUUCAAUCCUGGCCUUCCUUCAGUACAAUUGAAAAGGUUUCCUCCACUGAGGACUGGUCCUAUACAAGCAAUUUUUCUCUCCAUCGACAACACCAUGAAAAUGGCAAUGAUCAGAUGCUUCAACAGAUUGGGUAUCAUUUCAAGCUUCCCCAGAGCACAGAUCCCAUAAAGAAGUUCAAAGAUACAAUUUACCUCACUCAGGUGAUGCAGGCUCAGUGUAUAAAGACAGAAACUGAAUUCUAUCGUUUUAGUCAAAGUGAAAUAAUCAAAGGAGAAGGACAUACAAUGGGAGCUCUGUACUGGCAACUCAAUGACAUUUGGCAGGCACCUUCAUGGGCUUCCUUGGAGUACGGUGGUAAGUGGAAACUACUCCAUUAUUUUGCCCAGAACUUCUUUGCACCACUGCUGCCUGUGGCCUAUGAAGACAAAGGUGUGUUGUACAUUUAUGGUGUCUCAGAUCUUCAUGAGGACCACAAGCUGACUUUGAGGGUCUUUGUGCAUGCCUGGAGUUCUUUGGAGCCAGUAUGCACCCUUGCCAAAGACGAUGUGACUGUUAAAGCACAAAGUGCUGUCCCCAUCUACAAGGAGUCCAUAAAUGACUUGCUGGAAAGAUGCAGAAAUUGUACCAGGAAAAGCUGCGUUAUUACUUUCUGUCUUGUGGGAGAAGGUGGGCUCCAGAGCCCUAUGAACCAUCACUUCCUUUCAUCUCUAAAGGAUGCUGUAGGAUUGGAAAAGACCCAGCUUAGUGCCUCCAUAUCCCAACGAGGUAACAUGUACAUAUUUGUUCUUCAGACCACUGCAAUUGCUCCUUUUGUUUCUCUGGAUGUAGGGAGUAUAAAAGGCAGAUUUAGCGAUAAUGGUUUCCUCAUGACCGAACAGAAGAAGUUGGUUGUGUUUUAUCCUUGGGAACCCACCAGUGUUGAAGAACUAGAAAAGUCGCUCACCUUGACCUCUCUGGCGGAUGUUGUCUGA